CAACGACACAGACAUUCGUCGCGUUUGAUCCUUUUUGAAACUGCAGUAAAAUGGAUCCAAUGAAUCAAUCCGCCCAGAUCUCGUCGUCGCAGGGACUCGCCGAUGGACAGAUUGCUGCCCCCAAAGAGUCUAAAAUGUCCGAUUCCUUUCUUUCCUCUUCGCCUGUAUCUCUCAUUCAGUCUCCUCAAGACAAGAGAGUGGUUCUUGGCUCUGACAAGCCUUCCGAAGUUGUGGCCACCUCCCUUCGUUACUCAUCUCAGCCUGGCUCCUUUUCACCUGGUAACUAUGGGGCUGAAGCCAGCUCGCCUGACGAACAGCCAGACUCGCCGAUCAAGACGUCCCCCGUUUCAGAGAGAAUAAAGGCUUUGGAGGCACUAGCUGCCAAGAAAAAGGAACCCGACUUCAGAAACGAUGGUGGCUUUUCUCACUUCAGAGACCGUCAUAUUGAGAAGUCCCCAGUGGAGAAGUUUACCCCAGUGGAGAAGUUUACCCCAGUGGAGAAGUUUACCCCAGUGGAGAAGACCACCCCAGCGGAGAAGACCACCCCAGCGGAGAAGGUCGUGCCCGCUCCUCAGAAGAAAGGAGGUUCUGUCAACUCGGAGUCACCAGAAUCUCCCUUCGAAGUGCUUGGAGAUUUAGGCCAGGUCAAUGAAUUUGAAAACACUGCAGACUGGAUGAGGGUCCAUUUACCUCCAGCUCCGGACUUCGACGAUGCCGUAGAUUUGCGCAAAGAUGACCGGGUUUCUGAAAACGAUAAGACGCAAAAAGAGAAGGAGGCAGCCAUAGUCAUACCAUGUGUACCUGAAGCCUUUACAAGUGUCCCUGAUUCGUUGCCCAAAGCACCUUUCAAAGAUCCUAAAUUGGAAAACAAAACUGAAGUGCCACCAAAACAGCCAAGCCCUGAAGAGGAAUCAGAGUUUGAUCUGAGAUUUUUACCAACGGCCUGCGUGUGGGAACAGGAAAACCAGAGUACCAAGGAUCCAAUAAACCCUGCCCAUAUUUCAUCUGAAGCCCCUGCCCCUCCCACAGGAUUUGAGUCCACAUCCCCUCCCAUUCCCCCGCUUGUUGUUGCUGAUGCUAAGCAGAAGGAUGUGGAGGCCACCAAGACCCCAUGUGAUCAGGACAUGGAUCCAACGGAGGUACCAGAGGUGGACAGCUCGGGGGAUUCUGAUGAUACUGUAAUUGAGGAUGGUGUCUCUCACCCCAUAAUCCCAGAGUCGGCUUCCUCGGGUCCUGCUCCCUCAAAAGAGCCUACCCCUAAUGCUGUGUCGUCCGGUCCCUCCCUCCCUGACGAAGAAAAGGAGAAGACGCCAAUGAGAAUUGAGAGAAAGCUAAUGCAGGUACCGACCAUUAACGUCAUUGAGACUGAUGAACCAAAUUAUAGUGACGAGGAAAUGGAGAUGGAGAUGGAGGAAGAACAUGAUCAGAGAGAUGAGUUUGUGAAAGACGCAGCCCAAGAGUCUCCAAGAACUCCCGAACCACCGCCAGAAACCACUAACACAGAACUUGCUAACACACGGCCAUUAGAAACUGAGUUCAUGGAAGGCUACUCUCCUCCAUCUUCCCCCGUGCAAUCAGAUUCUGAAUACUCCCCCACACACAAAUUACCCAAAUCUGAACCUGAUCCAGUCCGACAAGAAUCCACGAUAAAGAUGCAUGUUUUACAGAAUACCUCUGUCGAUUUUCCUCAAACCCAACCUGAAUUAUCUCAGAUCAGCUCCUCCGACAACACAAACAAUAACUUUUCCUCCUUCAAGACUGAUAUGUCUUUUACAAAAGAAGAUAUUGAGUUAUCAGAAAGCUACGAUGAAUGGUCUGAUGAACGGCAAGACAUUCUCAUUAAACCCGACAAGAUCGACAUAACCGCUAUGGCUUUGCCUAGCAUCUUUAAUAUAACCGAUACAAAGACGGAUACAGAUACUAAACCAGGCCAGAUUGAAGCUCUGCCCCCUUGCAAAUCAAGCUUCAUGCAGGAUGACUUGUAUGAAAGGCAGUCGUUUGAUGAUGAAUACGAUGCAUUGCCUUCUUCGGAUGACACGCCUAACCAGAAUUACUUUGAUGGCAAUGAUCAGGUGCCUUCCUCCUCAGAUGCAUCACAAAUCCAUAUUGAAGUGCUGUCUGCAAAUACCACAAUCUACAAGGCCCCCAAAGAUGUUGCAAACUCCGAAGAGGUCAGUUUGCUGGAUGACGAGCCACUCCCAAAGCCAGUUGGAGGCCAGCCAUCCCCGAGAGAAUAUCCAAAAGACCCGUAUUCUUCUUUUGGCGAACUACCUUCCCUCAAGGAGUCUGAGGAUUUGAAAGCGACCAGUGACCUCACCACGGACACCGUAAAAAAGAUUGAGUCCAUUCCACGGGAGAACACCGACACGGACGAUGGUCCCCACACACCGGACACCACUAGCGACCCUGAAAGCAUCGAGCCAGACUGCUCCGUUUCCAGAGCCACCGAUAGCUUUGUCGACUUCAUGAAAGAGUGCUUGAAAUCAAGACAGGACCCGGAGACGGAAGACGGCCAUCGCGAUGUUAAGGAUGAGCAACCCGAAAGCGAGGAGCAUGCCCUGCAGUCUCCGCCGACAAUGGUGAUGGACCUCGAGCAAGAGGAGCUUACAAUAAGCGCUCUGAAAGAGUUGGGCAGUAGUCAGGAGGAAGAGGACGAUGAGCUCAUGGAGAAGACCACAUUUAAACCUCACAGUGAGAUCCCUGCUCGGGACAAAACGGGCCCAGGGUCAACCGGCGUUGUUCAGCAGUCGCCUCGCAGCCCAACUUCCACCCCUCUGUCUCCACGAGCCACACCCACGUCAGAGAGCGCAUAUUCCAAAGAGGUAGAGGCCAUUGACCAGUGGGUGGCCGAGGCGUACUAUCUUGCCGAGCAUGUCUUGACGGCAAUACUAACGCACUUAUCAGUCAAGGACCUGAUCCACUGGCGGGACCCCAAGCAGUCGGGCGUGGUGUUUGGUGUGUCCCUGCUGGUGCUGCUGUCCCUGGCGGCCUUCAGUGUGAUCAGCGUGGUGUCCUACCUGCUGCUGGCCCUGCUCUGCGUCACCAUCACCUUCCGCAUCUACAAGUCGGUGGUGCAGGCUGUGCAGAAGUCCGGGGACGGACACCCCUUCAAGACUAUGAUGGAUAAGGAUGUCAGCAUCCCCCCAGAGACCUUCCGCAAGCACGUGGACGCCAGUCUGACCUACAUCAACCGCGCCCUCAAGCAGAUGAGCCGCCUCUUCCUGGUCGAGGACCUGGUCGACUCCCUGAAGCUUGCUGUGGGCAUGUGGCUGCUGACCUACGUCGGAGCCGUCUUCAACGGGAUCACCAUCCUCAUUCUCGCUGACAUCCUCCUCUUCGCUGUCCCUCCCGUCUACGAGAAGAACAAGACCCAGAUCGAUCAGUACAUCGAUGUCGUGCGCACUCAAGUCAACUCCACAAUGGCCAAGUUGCAAGAGAAGCUUCCAGGCUCCAUGAAGCGCAGCAAAACCGAAUAAUCGCCCAACACCCCUGCUGCAAAAAGUCCCUUGGCAUCAUCCCCCAUUAUCAUUUCCCCCCCCCCCCCCCCCCCCCCCCCACCCUCCAAAUUCCACUCCCACAUCCCCUCCCGUUAAUCUCCUCUCCCCCCACCUCCCCAUAUCCCCCUCCCACCCCAAAAGCAAACCAGCUAGCCCCCCCCCCCCCCCCCCCCAUCAUCCACCACCCCCCUACAACGCUGAUACCGACACCCCCCACACACGCGUGCCGAUCAAGCUAUAGUAGAAAUAAAAUCUUAAAACCUCUCCAGCUUUUCGAUAGUCAAUGUUGAAACUACUGUGCAGCUUCAGAUUAACACAGCGUUUAGCGAGCAACAUAAAGAGCUACGCUGACGGGACCUGUGUGGUUGCCGUGGUGAUUCCGUGUCUCCAGAGUGUCGAUGGCAGGGUGAAUGAACUAGACUGAAUCUAUUACCUGGUUUUGUCGUGGGUGGGGGCGGGGGAGGGAGGUAUUUCCUUUUAGGUUUGGUGGCCGUUUUGCAAAAGCUAAUGUCUGUAACAUCCAAACAAUGCAUUUCGCGCAAAAGGAAUAGUACGACCAACACGCUAGAGAAGGUUUAAAAAGAAAAGCUUAACUUAAAAAAAGAAAUACACAAAUGUUUAAUAUAUUAUUUUCCUCGUAUGAGGAGGCUGGCUGAUGCAUUUUUUUUCCUGCUGACCUUCAUGGCACUUGUGUUGCUAUCUGCGAUGCACUGAAAAACGUAUUUUUUUCUUCUCUGAUUUGUGUUUUAAACGGCACAGGCAGGUUUAAAUAGGAAGACUGAGCCAGCUGUGAUAAUUUGGUCUAGUUCACCCCAUCUUAUGAUUUGAUGCAAUUUGUAUUCUGAACUGUUUUCCGUAUGUAUAUAUACACUUUAAGAUGGCAAUGGUGUCUCUUCUGCUGUAAUGGAACAUAAUGAUUUUUGCUUUUGAUAGGAAAAAAGGAACAUUCCCCACUUUCCUUUUCCUAACACAGUACCCUUUAAGUCGUUAAGUUGUGUAUAAGUCUUGCAUUCACCUGUUAAACUAUAAGAAUUAUCUUUAGUACCGAUAAGAUAGCCGCUUUAACUCUUCUAGGCUCAUUACAAACUAUACAUCUUGGAAAAAAUGUCAUGAUAUUAUUUUAAUUGGCUAUUUAUUGGGGAUUUAUUUGAAAUAUCAAGGGAGUAGAAAUUCAGGAUUGGCAAAUAUUUUAAAGUAUUACAGGGGAAGACUGAAUCAGUUUAACAAAAUCUUAGGUUAUGGGGAGUUUUUUUUAUUUGUUGUAAAAUGAAAUGCAAUGAAUAGCAUGUCGUAGGAUAACCGACUAACCACACAGAUGGAGGCUGUAACGUAUUCUAGAUCCCCUCCCCCUCCCCAUCUGUUUUCUUUGUUCGUUAAGAUGAUUAUUGUAAUUGUUAACGAUGGUGUUUCUUAAUUAAAUGGAGAAAAAAAAAACAGCAAGUCAAUAUUUUGUAGGAGUGUUGAAUCUCUGUUGAAUUGCAGAAUUGCAUUGUUCCUCCCUUCCCCAAACCCUAGUUUGCUCAUCACUGGUCAUUUGAGUGUAGCCCCUUGACUCCGGGAAGGCCUGCAACUGGAUCCCCUCCGGAACCGUUCACCUGCUCCGAAGAAAAAGACUACUACAUAUCCGCCUGUGCUCAUUGUACUUCUAUGCGUACACGGGGAACUUGCCCGUCUCACACAUGCAUAUUUGAUUGUGUCGUCUCUUUGCAUGUUUUCACUGAACCGACUUCCACGUGGAAGUUCAGCUCCCCGACUAUAUUUCACAGGGCACUGAACAGCGUGGUCGUUCGUUUUGUUUAAAUUAUUGAUUGAGCUGCGGUUUUUAAAGCCAGUCUUUAUUCUAGGCUAUUGGAACUUGUUUUCGCACUGGAGUUUUGUGUUUUUUGUUUUUGAUUUUCACACACUGCCGUCAACGCGCACACAUUCUUAAACGCCGAACUCACAAUUGGCAUAGCUGGACUCCCUGUGUAACAUUGUCCAAAAAACCGAAUCGCCAAACUCCUGAUGAUGAUGACUCGAGCUUUGUUUGUGUGCGGGGUCUGAAGGCUUGCGUGUGUGCGGUGCAUCGCCGAUCCAGGGGUUCCUUUAAGUUCAAUGAAGGUGUGGAAAUGCUACGUGACAGACGGAUACUUACAGAUGCAGAUACUUCAUAUUUCUUUGCAAUAGAUGUGAAAAUGAUUUACAGCAAACGUAUUUUUCUCUUCAGGUUCAGCGUCGUACUGCUUCUCGCCUCAGAAUGUAAUAUGACGUAUAUAUGUAAUAGGAUAACCCAUGCAGAGUUUUAACCGUGUUAAUUUGAACGCCUGUGUGCAGACCUCACUUUUGUUUUUCCUGAUCAGACUUUUUCUUUUCUUUUGGACUGUUCCAACGCGGUAUCUUGAUGUGCUCACACUAGAACAUCAUCAGAGCUUUCUUUCUUUGUAAGCUAUGUUUUUAGACCAUAGUAUUCUGGGGGGAAAGAUGUUACAGAUGGAAAAAAAAAAAAAAAUGGAAAGAAAAAAUACAACUGUGGUCCCUGUACUGAGUGGAAAUUAAUAAAAACGUGUUAAAGGAC